AUGGAGCUUUACUGCGCGAACAGAUCGGCGAUGUUAAAAGGGAUGGUACAUUCGGUCCAGUGUCCACGCAUUCUAGUUCCGAGCACGAAAAUCGCCGUAGAUUUCGAAAAUGGACAAAGUAGGCCCAAAGUGGAACAUUUAGCCGGAGGAAAUCUUGCGGCAGGGAAUUACGUUUGGCCUAGAGGAGCCAGAAGAGCUGAUCGUGAAUCUUCGUCCCUACAAGUUUUCACUCCUAAUUCUAUCUGCUGGAGUUUCCAAGGGAAAAUCUCGAGCACUCCUCGAGACUCCGAGCCAGUUCAUCCAGGUGCGAACUGGAGCACCGAGUUUCCAGGUCCCGCCACCAACCAGCGCGUCAUAUUGAUCGGCGGACCUUUAAAAAUGGCGGCGGGUCUCGCGCACGUGCUCGCCCUGGCACUGGUCUGCAGUUUGCACCCAGGAGAAGCCUCGAUGGCGAAGACCUUCACGUUCCCCGAAUACCCAUACAAGGAGACUACCAAAAAUGAACUUCUCUUCAAGGAAUUUGAGAAGGCUUGCGAGGAAAGCGGAGCUUGCGAGAAUUUAUCCCAACAAAGGAGCACGGUAGCGAAGACCCGGUGCAUCCGGGAGUGCGUCUCGCCAUCUUGCUACAAGGAGAUUUAUUUAUUCGACCAGCUGGAGGAGGGAGAAAUUGACGUCAGGCUGAACUCUUUCAAAGGCUGCUUCAUGCAACGCAAUGGACGGCCCAGAAAGUGAAGAAAGGAAGAGGCACAAAGUACCAUCUCAUCGCACAAAAGCACCUAGAGUGUAACAAUUUGAAAGUGAUACUUCUACCAGUGAUAUUUUAUAAAGUUAGGUAAUAGUCGCAUUUUCGAGGGCGCUCGGUUCGUAUUGGAAUCGAAAGGAUUGAAUAAUAUCGAUUAACUUAUUUUAAACUUUACAAGUAAUGUCGUCGGAUUUUUCUGGAAUCUUAGAGCUGAUUGUUCGAGGUCGUUUUCAUUGUUGAGCUUAGUGAAUUCUGAAGAUGUUGAGCUGAAAUCAGGGGAGAGCUGG